CAAAGUUAUUGUUAAUGACAUAAAUGAGCGGUGUAAAAUAAACAGUCGUGGGUGAAAGCCGUGCAUUAAUGGCGCUACUUAAACCAAUCAUGCACACAAAGCACUAAAGAAAAGUUGUAGAACUCGCUCAAUAGAGAGAAGAAUAUGUGUAGUGUUCUACAUAUGUUUGAGAAAGCCCUUUAUUCAAUUUAUGUUGAUCCCCUUCUAUUCCUUCUGCCCUCACUCUUCUUCAUAAUCUUCCUCUACAAAUGGCUGUCCACAAACUCUUCAAAUUUCCAACACUUACCGCCAUCUCCACCAAAACUGCCAAUUCUAGGACAUCUUCACCGACUAGGCGUGCACCCUCACCGCUCCCUCCGGGCUUUGUCUGACCAGUAUGGUGAGCUUAUGCUCAUCUACUUGGGCAAAAAACCUACACUUAUAGUUUCUUCAGCAAAGGCAGCAAAAGAAAUCAUGAAAUCACAUGAUGUUGUAUUUUCCAACAGGCCUAAGUCUAGCAUUAAUGAUAAGCUGCUUUACAACAGCAUGGAUAUUGCUGCUUCUCCUUACGGGGAAUAUUGGAGACAAAUGAAGAGUAUAUUUGUGCUUCAGCUUUUGAGCAACCGAAGAGUUCGGUCUUUCAGAGGUAUAAGAGAUGAAGAAACAGCUCUGUUUAUGCAAAAGAUUCAGCAAAAUAACGCAUCAGUUGUAAAUCUAAGUGAUAUGUUUGUGGUCUUCACGAAUGAUGUGGUAUGCAGGGUUGCAUUUGGCAGAAAAUAUGGAGAAAAUAUUGAUUUCAAGGAGGUCUUAAAGGAGUUUGUGGAGCUGCUUGGAGCAUUUGAUGUUGGAGAUUUUAUACCAUGGUUGGCUUGGGUGAAUAGAUUCAAUGGUAUGAAUAAAAGAUUAGAUAAAGUUGCAAAAGGUUUUGAUUUGAUAUUGGAAAAUAUACUUAAGGAGCACUUGGAUCGACUAUCAGGAAAUUAUAAUGUUAACAAUAAUGAAACUAAGGAUUUUGUAGACGUUUUACUUGAAAUUCAGAAGGAAAAUUCAGCUGGUUUUUCCCUUGAAAGAGAGAGCAUCAAAGCUCUGAUACUGGAUGCUUUUGCAGCAGGAACUGAUACGAAUUACACUUUACUAGAGUGGGCAAUGACAGAGCUCUUGAGAAAUCCUAGAGUAAUGGAAGAACUGCAAAAAGAAGUAAGAGGAAUUGGUUACAAAGAUCAUAUAACUGAGGAUGAUUUGGAGAAAAUGAAGUACUUAGAAGCAGUGAUCAAGGAGACUCUACGGCUGCAUCCACCAAUUCCAUUACUUGUGCCUCGUGAAGCAACCCAAGAUGUACGGAUAAAUGGUUAUGAAAUUGCUGCUAGGACUCUUGUUUUUGUCAAUGUUUGGGCAAUCCAGAGAGAUCCCAUUACUUGGCAAGAACCCGAGGAGUUUCGUCCUGAUAGGUUCUUGCAUUCUUCAAUAGAUUUCAAAGGGCAGGAUUUUGAGCUAAUUCCAUUUGGAGGGGGAAGAAGGAUUUGCCCAGGAAUAUCAUUUACGAUAGCUAAUAUCAAGCUAGUGUUAGCAAACCUUGUGCACAAGUUUGAUUGGAAGUUGCCUGCUGGAGUCAAAGGUGAAACAAUGGAUAUGUCUGAAAGCACUGGCCUCACUAUACAUCGAAAACCUCCUCUUCUAGCUGUUGCUUCUCCACAUCUUUUUCAGUAAUGAAUUAGAUAUGCUACUAAAUUGAGAAAGGGAGUUAACUAGACUAGUUGAUCUGUGAGUCUCUAUAUUGUAACAAGUUAAGAUAACUAGCGGAAAAUAGCUGUUGUCCAUCAUAUCGAAGUAAGCGUACAACUGCAAAACAUCAAUACUUCAUACUUCCUUUGUCCCGUAAAGUUCUUCCCACUUUCUGUUUAAGGUUGUUCCAUGGAUUUCUUCCCACUUUUACUUUAUUAUUAUUAUAUUUUUUCAAUAAUACGAAUUCAUAAUCUUUUA